AGGCAGCUGUCACUGACAUUUCGUUUGCUUCGUGUAAAUCUUGUGAUGAACAAGUUACAAAUCCGUCUAUUUUAUCAAUGAAUAAUGGUUUACAUUAAUAGAUAAUGGAUAUUUUUGUUGCCCAUUUUACUGUGUAUCAAUAGAACUGUGUGAGAAGCUAUAAAUUCGUGGUUGUACUCUAUAAUGGAAUUUACUGAUCUGAAUUUGACAGAAACCGAAAUGAGAUAUUUCGGUGAUUUGUUUUUAUGUUGCGAUGAGGAGUCCAACGGGAAAAUACCUAUUCUUAAGGCAAUGGAAUUAUUUAGAUCGUCUAAUGUAUCAAAUGAUGUCCUCAAACAGAUCAUGGACAUAAGCGUCGCUCCUAACAAUUACGCUUCUCUGAAUCAUAUGAAAAGGAAACAAUUUUAUUCCGCAUUGAAACUAAUAGCAGCACAUCAAACAAACAUGGCAUUGAAGCCUGAACUGUUAUCAACUCCCUUAGACCUGCCCCUGCCAAGGUUUACGUGGGCACUGAACUCUGAAGCGAAUGCUGACCUAAUACAAUUAUCUAAUUCCCCAAAAGAACAGCAUAUUUCAAAGCGAGAAAGAAAUUUUGGUGGAAAUCUAGGUGCAUAUGAGCCAAUACGAGUCUCAUCAAAUUUAUCGGACAGUGAUGUUCCUCAGGCUCUAUCUCACGAUGCGACAGAAGCUUUGAGCACAGACUCGGAAAUGGAAUCAGAAACCAUGUCACAAAGAUCAGGUUCACAUGGGAGGAGAGGCAAGAACGGUUCUCCGUGGAGUACGGCGAGCGAAAGUCCCACGCCUACGAACAGCGUCGCGGAACGGGUGCACCCUGUAUGGGAGCACAGCGCGACGGGCCGCGGCGUGUGGCCCACCAACACUGCGGAGGAGCACACGAGGCUACUGGGGACGGAGGAGGAGUCUUCGGACCGCCACUCUUCGGAGGAGGAAGGCGAGGGCGAAGCGGAGGCGGCGUGGGCCAUCAGCGAAGCGCAGGCGCGUCACUACGCAGCGCAGUUUGCACAGCUGCGGCCUGAGCGCGGCCUGCUGUCGGGGCCCACCGCUAGGUUGUUCUUCGAAAAGUCUCGACUCUCAGUGCCGGAUCUGCGGAAGAUCUGGCAACUCUCCGACAUAACCAAAGACGGGAUGCUGACGCUUGAAGAGUUCAGUAUAGCGAUGCAUCUGAUUGUACUGAGGCGGAACAAUAUUCCGGUGCCUGACACGUUGCCCGCGUGUUUGAUACCUCAAGUGGACUCGCGUUUCUCUCAAACCGCGCUCACUACGGAUUUAGUUGAUUUGGGCUCUGAUAUGUUCAGUUCUGGGUCCUCGGCAGACUUCAGCUUCGUUCAUAAAACCGAACCUGAGGCGAAGAAACCGGAGCCCGAUCGGCCGCCUUCUUUGUCUCCGCCGAAGCCGGAGCCACAGCUAAAUAACAAGGAGUGGACAAAAUUCGUCGAUUCGCCCACAUCGAGCGUGUCGAGCCCUGGCCCGAAGCCGGUCAACUUCGACUUCCACAAAUCGGCCGUGGAGCGCGACCCGAAGAUCUUCCAUCCCGUUGCUCUACGCGUCACUCCCGACGCGGCGCCGCAUGAUGACGUCAGAGCGAGCGCGUCACCGAGGAGAGACGACUUUGCGCAUGCCUUUGAGCUGGCCAGCCCUAAGCGGCUCAACUCGCAGCCGCCGGCGGAGCCGCCGCCAAACGGCGCCGAGAUCAAGUCUAUCCAGCGCCCGCAGCCACGGAAGCCGGUGAAGACCGCUGGAGUGUUGCCGCCGCCGCCCGCGCGUGAGCCUGUGACUACGCAUGAUGAGGGUCCCGCGUCUCUCCAAUACGCGCCUAAGAAGGAACCGCCGCCGCCACCGCCACCGCGGCCGCUGCGCAACCACACGCGCUCCAGCUCGCUCGACCUCAACCGGCUGAAGAGCACCGCGCCCCCCGCGCCGCCGCCGCGCGUGUCCCCCUCGCACGCCUCGCCGCCCGCGCGCCGCCCGCUCACCAACCAGCGCAGCGAGGGCGAGCGGGGUGAACCAGCCUUUCCUCCCGACGCGUUCGCGCCGCGCGAGUAUGAAGGCGACGGGUUCGGCUACGCGCGCGACGACGCGCCCAAGAUGCACGGUGCCUUCGAGGUAACUAGCAGUACAAGGGGACAAGUAUACCGCAAGCCAUCUCGCGAGUCGUCCUGCGAGGCGGAUCCCGACGUGAAGUCGCUUCAGGAACAGAACGCGGUUCUCCACCGCGUGUGCCGCGCUCUAUGCGCAGAGCUGGCCGACGCACAGCGCGAGCGCGAGGCAUUGCGCGUGCGCCUGGGAACACACACGCCCGUCUAGUAAGCACGUGUAUAAAGAAGCGAUCAAACGCGGCGUUUAAACGCCCUGCGUAAGGAAUGGUUCAUGUGUCCCCCGUUUCCUGUCUUUCGAAUUACGAGGUUGGCGCUGUGUCACAGUGGUGUGUGGACUCGUGAUUAUAGGAGCAGUGCAUGUACUGUUCAUUUCAUAGACUAGAAUUUUCCUUUCUUUCUAUGACUAUCAUAACAGAUUAUUUUUCUUUAUUGCCCUUCCACUCGCGUUUAUUUUUUAAUGCGAAGUACACGUAUGUGAUGAAGGUCAAGUCCGCCAAGUUUUGUCUUAUUACGUACCUUCUAUAACCUAAAUUACAUUUCAAUGAACUGAAAAAAAAGUUGGCAAACCUUUUUUGGAACUAAUUAUCUGUGGAAUUUUUCUUUUAUAGUCUGUGAAAUGAUACAAAACAACCCGAUCCACACAAGUCCAUAGAUCAAGGUGACACAGUUGUCAACAGUUGAUCAGUAACGCAUCAGGGGAUUGGUAGCGCCCCAUCGAACUACCUCGACCCUUAGAUUUGAAAAUUUUAAUGAAUUACCCUAUUACCGUACUUUCAGGCCAAAUCUAAUCUGCGAUUUCGAUGCGAAUUACUUUUAUCUAUCCUCAUAUUUUGUACCCGAUUUUGUAUAUUAUCCCGCGAAGUUCUAUCACUCGUAAGCCAUUGUAACCUAAGUGUAUAUCCUGUCUUAUCUACAUUUAUUGCGAUUUCGACUAAUGCUUCGAAUUCUAUCGGGCCACAAAUGUUUUUGCGACCUGCGUGUCAGUUAACGUCUCCCAUGUAAUUUUAAAAUUAAAAAUCGACCAAAACUAUUAUAUCUGCUCGACCUCAUUUACUGUCUGGCUUUAUUACAUUUGCUGGAAAGAAAAAAUAUUACAAAAUUAUGAAUAAAAACUUUAUAAACGGUUUUUAAAAAUUCAAAUUAUCUUUUCCAAAAAUCUUUUUAAAAAGUAUAAUUUUAACUGGUUUUAUAAAAAGUAAAUACAGAGGUAUUAUUGAUAUGAGUCAUAUACAGGGUGUAAGGGGUAGGUUAGUAAAAACAUAAGUGAUUAAAAUUAAUCUGAAUUGUAAUUUUUUCAUCGGAGUUGAUUUUCAAGAUGAAAUCUGCUUUCAGGACAUCUGUAAAAAUUUGGAAACCUGUCCUUUACACCCUGUAUUUAUUUACGAAUACUUUAAUGUUAAGAGGCUAUAAACAUUUUAAACGUCAUCAUUGCUGCUUAUCACAGUAUUUCGUAACUUAUGAUUAGACUACUUUGUCACAAUUUUAUUUUUACUUUAUUUUUAUUGAUGUGUGCAAGUAGUUUUCAUGGAGAUGGCAUGAGUGGAUUGAAUUUUUAAAAAAUAUCAGAGGUUUGAGUUGUGAGAAACGUUCAAAACGAGAUUGAUCUAUAAUCAUUUUGUUUUAUUUUCUUGAGUGCGUUCUUCAAGUUAAAACUUCGAAAAAUUAUAUUAUGAAAUGUUUUUAACGAUUUAAAUAAUCAAUUAAGUGUAGUUGAAAACUAUUAUGCUUAAAAAAUAAUUUAAUUUAAAUCGGAUCAUAUUCAAAAAUUAUUUACUUCUUUAAGUUCCAUCGGUGCCAUUUCUAAUGAUCUACUGAAGAGUAAACAUUUUGAAGAGACCGAGCUAGUACAUUUCCACAAGUCAGGCAGAUGCUGUGAAGACUUCAAACUAUUUUAAGUGAUAAAACAAGGCUUAUUUUUUAUGCUAGAAACGUUUUUCGUUAGUGUACUGUAAUUGUUACUUCUACUUAGGACGGUGGGCCUUUAUUUUUACCCGAUUGCGCUAGAAGGAGGGUUAUGUUUUUGCAUUGGUGAUUAAAAGGGAAAAUUGAAUUCAAGUAAAGAAGUAUUCUCAUUAUUUCGUGCCGAACUUUUAUACAAAAGAGAUCAUUAACAUAAUUGACGUUAAUCAAUAGUGCGAAUAAGCGGUGUGAAUAUACCUUAACAAAUUCAUUUUUUGAUUCCUGCACUUGACAGUUUUUCUUUUUUUCUUUCAAACUUAUGUCUGGUAAUUUGGGAAGUGUAAUUACUUUUAGACUUAAAAUUAAGUUAGGCCCACUGCCCUAAAAAGUGUCCAUAUUGUUGUGUAUCGAAAUCCGUCAAAGUUCGAUGAUACUUUAUUCUUUUUCGUGUUCUUUAAAUCGUAUUAGUAUGAAUGGUUGUGCUAACAUUAUUAUUUGUAUUCUUUUCGAGUCCAAAAAUCAUUUGGGCUUAUAUUAUUUUAUUUAUUUAAUACAUAAAUAAUGAGUAUAAAAUUAGGUGUCUAUGCUACUAUUCUUUAUUGCGAGUCUGUAGGCGUACUCAUUAAGACCUUUUUACAAAAACCCAGCAAAUUCAGGUGGUUGAAGACAAAAUAUAUUGUGGCAUUUACCUAGUAUAGACGCAUGCGUAACAUGCAUUGAAAUUUAUAUUCAAUGUUAUCAUUAUUUUCAAUGUUGUUUGAAAAACAAUUAUUUAUUAGUAGCGAGUAACGCUAAAGUUGCUUGUAUAGCAUUCCUUAUGUUUAUUAAAAUUGUAAUUUGCUUUGCUAUUAUUGUAAAAUAACCAAAAUUUACCAUCAAAAAGAGUAUUUGUUAAAAAUAUGUGAAUGUUGUAAAAAAAGAGUUAGUUAGUGUAGGGAGUGUAAAAAUGUGAAGCUUAAGAACUAUAAGAGAGGAGAUGCCAUGUCCAAGACUUGGCAUAGGUACAGUCAUUUGACUAGGAAUGUAUACUCUUUUAAAUGUAUUUUAAUCUUUAUUGCAAGGAAAUAAGGUUCAAAUAAAGCGUCAAUGUACACAUUCCCAUGCAAUUAACUGCACACGUCUGAUCGGAGCCUCUGGAUAUAGUUAGGAAUAAACAACGCAAAGGAGAAGUCUCACUCCCCAUUGAAAAUAACCCCUCGUCUGAUAGUACAGUGUAGUAACUCAAAAAUCGGCAAAAAUGAGAAAAAAUUGUUCUAUUUCCGGUUGUCAUCCUUAAUGGAAAAAUCUACAGAUACAAAUUAAAAAAAAGCUCAAACUCAGUGGUUCAACUCAUGGUCGUCAUACGAUCGUCGUCAGUUGUGUGAAUUCCAUUCUAUGUUUGAAAGCGAAAGUUUAAUAAUAUACAUAAAUGGAAUAAUUUUUUGUUUAUUAGUCAAUUAGGAUGACCACUAGGAAUAGGUAAUUUUUUACUACUAAUUUUGGCGAUUAUUUGAGAUGCUACACUGUGCUUUCUGGUGGGACUUAUUUCUGAGACUCCUUCUUUAUUGCCGGUAUCGUUUGAGAUCACCCUGUAUUAUAUAAGGUUAUUGUAAAAGUAUUUAUCGUUUAUUUUAGUUGUAUCUUUAAGGACAUUAAUCUCCGCGGGCAGACUACCUUUUGCAGUGUAAAUAUAAUAUUUUAUUGCGACUCUUAUGUUGGUAUAUGUUACAAGCUUAUUAUAGAUCGCGCGGUUGAUUUUCAUGUUCAAACUAUUUUAAAAACUCAGUCU